ACACACUCCCCUUUGUUCAGCUCUCAUUUUCUCUCUCUAACCCUUCAAAAUUCCUUCCUUUUUUUUUUCUCUAUCUAACCUAAUCUCUCUCUAUUUCACUUAACCCUUCUUUACUUUCUCUCUCCUCUUUCUCUCUCCUCUUUUUCUCCUCUCAUCAUCUUCUUCUUCUUGUUCAUCUUGUUCUUUCUUCGUAUCACAAAAACCUAACAAAACCCACAUCGAAAGCCCUCAGCUUUUGCAAUUUAAAGAUGUUGGAGAAGGGCAUUCUUGUUCCUGAUCUAUCUCUUCAAAUUAGCCCUCCCAUAACUGAUCCAUCUUCUUCAUUUCAUAUUUGGAAGCAACCUCAAGUACCUCAAGUUGACACCGAGCUUUCUCUCUCGAACAAUUCGACAGUGGCGGUCGAUGUUUCCCCGGAUCGGUUCCAACCCAUUAGAGGAAUCCCACUUUACAGUAAUGGGUUGUUGUCUUCUUCUACAUAUUUGAACCAAAACCAACCGUCGCCAUCUCCGUCGUCGUCGUCGUCGUCGUCGCUGCAGCUUCCUUUGAAUUCUAGGGCGUUUCAUCAACAGCCUCCUGUUGGGAGGUAUAAUGGGAUAACAAUGGAGGCUUUGAGAAAUCACCAGCAGAAUCAGAAUCAGUUUGGUUUUCACAAUCAUCAAAGCCCUCAAUUUGGGGUUUCGGAUUUUUCUUGUAAUAAUAGAUCGAGAUUGUUCAUGCCAAGGAUUCAAAGCCGACGAAAUGCUAGGGCUCCUAGGAUGCGUUGGACUUCCUCUCUUCAUGCUCGUUUCAUUCGUGCUGUUGAGCUCCUUGGCGGCCAUGAAAGGGCAACUCCAAAGUCAGUGCUGGAGCUAAUGGAUGUGAAGGAUCUCACUCUAGCUCAUGUGAAGAGCCAUUUACAGAUGUAUCGUACUGUUAAAAACACCGACAAACAAACAGCUUCUUCUGGGUCUGGGGAAGAAGAUUUCUUGCCUGCAACGCCAACCCCACACCAUGAAGCGAGCUGUUUGCUCAAUCAUAGAAGAGGGUUUAGUGCAUCUUUGGAGGCUGAUGUUAAUGGAUCAGCACCUUCCAUUAAUAACCACUGUAACUCUUCAAGAAGAGCAUGGGAGCAAGCCUCUCCAACAAGAGCUAAUAUGUUUGGAUCAGAAAAUCAACCACAGGAAUGCUAUGAAUUAGGUCAUCCGGGGUUGAAUCUAAACGACAGUCCAAGCAAGGAUUUGUGUUCGAGACACAAUUGGGACAACUAAAUCCAACCUUAAAACCUCAUUUAAUUUCUUUCAAUAUAUAUAUAUAUAUAUAAAAGUUGAAUAUAAAUAUAAAUAUA